AUGAGUAUGGACGCUGGCGGUCUUACUCAAAUGACCUACAACAACAACUUCAAUAAUGGCACUUCCCUCGGUGUGCCGGGCUCUGGCUUCGCUUCGCGGGGGAAGGGCUCUCACAUCAAGCGCCUGAGCGUGCCUCCCCAGGUCGCCACUAUUGAUGAAUCCCAGGCUACUGCUCCCUUGGCAACUCCGCGCACUAGCCGUUCGCAUCUUUUGGCCGGGCUCCGAACUGCCCCCCGGUCUGCCACGAUCCCCUCGCAACAUCAGCAGCAACAACUCCACCAGCAGCGCGGCGGUAUGGACAGCUCCCGAUAUGGUGGCUAUACCAGCCGCGGUAACGACCGUGUCCCACAAACUGCAACGGGAGCCGGAUUCCCGCAGCAUGCUUACGCUCAAACCCAGGGGAUGAAUGCACAUCACGCUCGUCCCGUGUACACUAUGCCUGAGCAGGUUCUCGCACCUCCAACUCUGGACAUGGGUGGUGAUAACGGUAUCGAUGAGAACCUGUACGCCGAGUUGAUGUCGACCAACCUCUUUCUGGCCGCGCAGCAGCAGCGCCUGCAGCAACAGCUGAUCAGCGUUACCGCUGCGGCUCAGCAAUUCCAGGGCCUCAAUUUGGGAGGAAUGACCCUUCCUCAACAGCAGCCCAUCCCCGCGCUUGCGAUGGGCUCUGGCAUGGGAUUCUAUCAGCAGCAGCUUCAACAGGGCGUGCAGCCGAUCGUUCAGCCUGUCCCCGGACAGCCUGGCUGGUUCUCAGUCUACAAUCCUCUCACCGGUCAACAGAGCUAUGUCAUGGACAACAGCUUCCAGGAUGAUGGCCUGUCCCAUGGCUAUGCCGAGAACUAUUCGUCUGGCCAACAGGUUCCCCAGUUCCGUGCUGAGAUCUCCCCGCCAGCUGAAUCCGUUCCGUCGCCAAUGCCGUCCUCCCAGCCGGUCUCCCCUCCUAGCGGCACCCCUUCUCCUCCCACCGAGUCUUCUGCUUUCCGUCGCAACAACCGCAAGUUGUUCAACCCUACGCUCAAGACCAACAUCGACACUACCAAGGCGAACAUCGGGCCUGGUCCUCGAUCUGCUGUUCUUCCUCCUACCCCCGCCACUGGAACUUUUGGUCCUGGCCAGGCUCGUGCUGGUGAGCACCCUAUUCGUCAGCCCCGUGGGCCGCCAUCGCUGGAGGACCUCGUGGCCAAGCCGACUUCUAAGCAUGAGGGAAGCAAGAACUUUGCAACUCGCCAGCGGCGCCGGGCCGUGCACAACCUAGUUCGCGCUGGAAUUGAGCGUCGAGGUGAUACUCGUAGCUUCGGAUACAGCAGUGGCGGCACCAACACCCCCGCUAGUGAGAAGGAGUUCACCUUCUCCGAUGGCGACGAUGCUACGGUGCGCAGUGGCAGCCUCUCUAGCAAGCCCAGCCUGGGUAGUCUUCGGGCUGCUGCCAACGGUGCUAUUGGAUCUGAGCGCAAGGAAAAGACCGGCCGGGAGCGCAGAUCCCCCGACAGCCCCUUCCACAGCGCCACUCCAACCAGCGAGGACGGCUACUUUGGGUCCAAGUUCUCGGACACUGUCUCAUCACCGACGUCUGGCACUACCUCUCCCUCCGUAGCGGCUGUCGUUGCGGGCCAGGGGCAGGUUGCGCAAGCACCUGAACGCCGUAAGACGCCAAUGCUUGUGUUGUCCAGCGCUGAAAAGCGCAAGACCCCUUUGAUGUAA